AUGUCUGCUGUAGCAAAUGGGGAUUUUGCGGACUCACGGAAGAGUUUUGCGGCAACAAAACCAUUACAUGUCCAUCAUGCAGCUCUUCUGGCUCCACUACUCGGCGUACUGUCGGCUAGUAUUUACGAGGGAUGGGCAAAUCGAAAAGUCUGUCAACCGUUUCCACCAGAUAUGAUACCACUUGGGACUUACACACACAUCAACUUUGCAUUUGCAUCCAUUGACCCUAUUACGUUCAGCAUCGUUCCUGGAGACCCUAGCGACGUUGAACUAUAUGAGCAGGUCACGAUGCACAAGCUGCUGCAGCCUGACCUGCAAGUGUUCAUAGUUAUUGGAGGAUGGACUUUCAACGACGCUGGGUUGACAGCCACCACGUUCAGUGAUCUAGAAGCAUCUUUGGAAAAUCAAAAGAAGUUUUUUACAUCUUUGACAUCUUUCAUGUCAACAUACAACUUUGAUGGGGUGGAAGAAUCGACUGGGACCUACGAUAUGCAUGGACUAUGGGAUAAGAAGAGUAAAUGGGCUGGAAAUUUUCUCAACGCACACACAAACCUCACAGAAAUUACCACUGCCCUCGACUUGAUUUGGAGAAAUCAUAUCAACCCCAGUAAGGUCAAUCUCGGGCUUGCUUUUUAUGCAAGAUCAUUUGCAAUGCUAGAUCCGAGUUGCUCUGCACCAGGAUGUCGUUUCUCAUCUGGUGGAAAUGCAGGCCGAUGCACCAAUUCGAUCGGAACACUUUCAAAUGCGGAAAUCGCAGACCGGAUUAAGAGAAUGGGUUGA